AUGAGUUUGGUGGGAAAGGGGGCAAGGGGAUGGGAGGAAAGGGGGCCAAGGGGUUGGGGGAAAGGGGCCAGGGGCUUGGUGGGAAAGGGGGCAAGGGGGCCAGGGGCUUGGGGGACAGGGGGCCAGGGUCUUGGGGGAAAGGGGGCAAGGAGCUUGGUGGGAAAGUGGGAAAGGGGCAAGGAGCUUGGUGGGAAAGGGGGCCAGGGGCUUGGUGGGAAAGGGGGCAAGGGGCUUGGUGGGAAAGGGGGCAAGGGGCUUGGUGGGAAAGGGGGCAAGGGGCUUGGUGGGAAAGGGGGCAAGGGGCUUGGUGGGAAAGGGGGCAAGGGGCUUGGUGGGAAAGGGGGCAAGGGGCUUGGUGGGAAAGGGGGAAAGGGACUUGGUGGGAAAGGGGGCAAGGGGCUUGGUAGGAAAGGGGGCCAGUGA